GUGGGAUCUUGAAAUUUCCAUUUCCACUUACAAUUCUAUUGACAGAAGAGGUAUACACGUCCCAUGGACACGUGGCAUAUCUGAAAUCCAAAACUUACAAGAUUGCCACUAUAGUUUAGAAGGGUACUUGGGUCAUUUUAAUCCCAGUCUUAGGAUUCUUUGAGGUAGUAUUUCCACCUUAGUCGGUUGCUCAGUGUGUGCCUUCGUUUAUAUCCAUUUUCUCUCUCUCUAGUUUUUGCUCGUUUCGGUGAUUCGGUUACUACCGUUUCGUUCAUAUUUAAUUGAAUCCAUCAUUGUUUCAGUGUUGUGUCAAUGGGAAUCAUGGAUCAAAUGAACAAGGAAUGUUGUUCCUAUGAUGAAAUGGGUGUGAUCAAGAAAUGUUGUGCUGAUUGCAAAACCACCAAGACCCCACUUUGGAGAGGAGGACCAAAUGGACCCAAAACGUUGUGCAACGCUUGUGGAAUUAGGUACAGAAAGAGAAGAGGUUGUUGUAAGAAAGGACAAGAAAAGGAAAGGAAGAGAGAGAAAUCAGAAAGUGAGAGUGAGGGUGAUGGUGAUGAUGAUGAUGAUUGGAGUGAGUCUUUGAAAAUGAAGUUAGUGGCGUUAGGUGAAGAGGUUUUUUUGCAUUCGGUUUUGAAGAAAGAAAAGAGGAUUAAGUUGGGUGAAGAGGAAGAAGCUGCUGUGUGUUUAAUGGCACUCUCUUGUGGCUUUGUUUUUGCUUGAAGAUAUAGAAAUUCCAUAGUUUUAUUAUGAUGAUCAUCAUUGAAGAUAUUUCAUAGGUGCUAACAAGUGUUUUUUUUUUGGAGGAUUGUAAAGUGAUGAUAUGAAAUUCAGUGGUUUAGAAUGUAGUUAGAAUGAAGGGGCAAUCCAAAUAGAAAGGAUUGGUUUUUCUUUUUUGGUUCUUUUGUUUAUGUUUAUAUAUCUAUGCUAUAAUUAGUGUAAGUAUUUCAGAUUUAUUGUUAUUAUUUGUUUCGAUUC